GACUCUCUCACCAUGGCAUUCGCGGCAGCGACAGCAGUGCAGCAGACCGAUUCGCAUACAUACACGGCCGACUUCAAAGAAGCAUGGUGUAUUGGCUCAGUACCUCAUGGCGGCUACGUGACUGCCAUCUUCCAGACCGUCGUCAAGAAGCACUUCGAGACCACUCUUCGCAAGCAAAAUCAACCUCAUACGCUUGCCUUGCACCUCGACUUUCUGCGAAGAACUCAAACUGGAACCGCUAAGUUCGUCGUCAAAGAUGUCAAGCUUGGACGCCAGACCUCCGUUGUUCAUGUUACGCUGUCUCAAGGGAAGAGGGAGGAAGUCGUUGGAUACAUCACCAACUCUAAUCUCGCCAAAGAAGAAGGCAUCACCUUCACUACCAACUGGAAGCCGCACCCACAACGCCUCCCAGUGAACAUAUCCUCCCUCGAAUCCAACACCGACGCCAACUGGGCCGAAUUAAAAGAAUGGCCCAACGUCGCCUUCCGCAAAGCCACCGCCCAGAUCCGCUCUUGGUUCCCCCGAAACGGCCAAGUCUCGCAAAACAUCUACGACGAAUGGAUGUGCCUCCGGGACCCGACCGAACGCUGGACAAACGAGAAGCUCGGCUUCAUCGUCGACCUCUUCCCGCAGAUAUGCGAGACUUUCAUCCUCGAGGGUGUAGACCAGUACACUCCGGACGGGAACGGUGUGAAUGGGGAGAAGAUUCCGUUUUGGUAUCCUACGUUGUUGUUGAAUUUGGAUGUUAAGAAAGCACUGCCGGAGGGUGGGGUGAAGUUUUUGUUUACGAGGUUGCAGACGAAGCAGAUUAAGAACGGACGGUAUGAUUUGGAGGUUGUGGUAAUGGAUGAGGAGGGGGAUGUGGUGGCGUUGAGCCAUCAUGUCUGUUUUGCAGUGGGCGCGGAGAGGAAUCUGGCGAAGAGGAAGGAGGAUGGGGGUGAGGUGAAGUUGUAA